UUUAAAUGCAAACAAAACUUUUGCAAACAAAUCGCAAACAAACUUUCAUUUUUGACAAUCACUUCAUUAAUCAGUGAUUUGACAUUCGUUUCGCUUGUCGUAUGAAAUGAUCGUUUGAUUAAUUGAUUCAUUUCUUGCGGUCGCCGAUAGUGUCACCAGAAUUGACGAAUUGAUCCCAAAAUGAAUGGUCGCGAAGAAGCGGACACUUCUUAUAACGAAGACGACGAACUCGUCAGACCUUUGGUCAGAGAUGUCGGACAUAAUGGACACGAAUUGGACGACAAUGUGUUGGCCAUUGAGGAGACGGGUUGUAUGGCGUGGCCUCUCUGUCAUCCGACAUACGCUUUGCACAGAUAUUUCGUACUCGUCUUCAUGUGUUUCUUAGGCUUCGGUAUGUCUUCGGCCAACUCUAUACCCGAUCCCUACCAUUCAUUAAACCUUUUAUGCGCUAAACAAAUUUAUUUCUGUUACGACGGUCCGGGAGCUCUUCAGGACGAGAUCACUGAUGAUAUGAAUAUAAGUGUCUCACAAUUCUCUGGACUCUACGCGUGGUAUUCGUGGCCUAAUGUCAUACUUUGCUUUUUCGGCGGCUUUUUGAUCGACCGUUUGUUUGGCAUCCGUUUGGGAGCAAUCAUUUUCAGUGUGUUUAUACUGAUUGGACAAUUGGUGUUCGCUUUCGGGGCGUUUGCCAACCGUUUUUGGCUCAUGAAUUUGGGACGAUUUAUUUUUGGAAUCGGCGGCGAAUCACUGGCCGUCACUCAGAAUACAUACGCCGUCUCGUGGUUUAAGGACAAAGAGAUUAAUAUGGUUUUUGGCCUUCAGUUGAGUUUCGCUCGCGUCGGCAGUACUGUUAACUUCAAUACAAUCGCUCCCAUCUAUAACGCGGUCGGAGAUUAUAUAACUCACGUGAAAGACCACACGACUCUUGGCAUUACACUCCUGAUAGCGUCGGCCACGUGUGUCUUCUCCUUGUUGUGCGCUUUUGUACUCGCCUUCUAUGACAAGAGAGCCGAAAGGAUUUUGAAGCGUCCGGUCGUUCAGGCGGGAGAUGUGGUCAAAAUUACUGAUGUCAAACAUUUUAAGCUUUCAUUUUGGUUAAUAAGCCUUAUUUGUGUCACAUAUUAUGUGUCUAUCUUUCCAUUCACUGCGUUGGGAGGAACAUUUUUCCGGCGAAAAUACCGAAUGUCUCACUACGAGGCCAAUGCUGUCGAUAGUAUUAUAUACAUAAUAUCUGCGGUAUUGUCUCCAUUCUUGGGACUUUUGGUUGAUCUCACGGGUCGUAACAUACUGUGGGUCUUCAGCUCAGCGAUCAUCACAUUAUUUGCUCAUUCAUUACUUGCCUUUUCAUUCAUAAACCCAUGGCUUGGAAUGGUUUUAAUGGGAAUCGGGUAUUCGGUGUUGGCCUGUGCUCUCUGGCCAAUGGUUGCUCUUAUUAUACCCGAACAUCAGUUGGGAACAGCCUAUGGUGUUAUGCAAUCGGUUCAAAAU